UAGAGGACCUCACUGUCGUGGAUCGCACAACUGGUUCCGCUUCCGUGUGUGCUAGGCCUUCCUUUUCAUUCGUGCAGGUUUUCGCUGCAUCCACCAUGGAGGACGAAAACCAGCAGGAGUUGGCCAAGAAGAAGCGUACCUUCCGCAAGUACACUUACCGGGGAGUUGACCUGGAUCAACUGCUUGACAUGUCCAGCACGCAGUUGAUGGAGCUGAUGCACUGCCGUGCGCGGCGGCGUUACGCGCGUGGUCUGAAGCGUAAGCCGCUGGCUCUCAUCAAGAAGCUGCGGCGCGCCAAGAAAGAGUGUGGGCCGCUGGAGAAGCCUGAAGUCGUCAAGACUCACUUGCGUGACAUGCUUGUUGUGCCCGAAAUGGUGGGAUCCAUUGUCGGUGUCUACAACGGCAAAGCUUUCAACCAGGUUGAAAUCAAGCCCGAAAUGAUUGGCCACUACCUUGGAGAGUUCAGCAUCACCUACAAGCCUGUGAAGCAUGGUAGGCCCGGUAUUGGUGCUACACAUUCUUCUCGCUUCAUUCCUCUGAAGUAGGCGAAUAAACAUAUUCCUCCUGUUG